AUGGCCACUCAGCGCCUAGCGUCUCUGCUUCCUUGGAACUGGUCUGAUGCCUCUUCGUCCCUGAGCAAUUCUGAGAGAAAGAGACUGAAGCGGAGGCACGUAAGGAAUAGCACUCGCGAUGACCAGGUCGCUCGCACUUCCAGCCAAGGUACGCGUUCUCGGGUAGACCCUGUGCUGCCGCGCGCUGGACCACAGCUAUCCCCAGACACCACUCAUGAGAGCUCGAGUGAAGAUGGCUACUACCCCGGGCUUGUCAAUAUAUCUGGGACGUAUUGCUUCAUGAACUCGACUCUGCAGGCUCUGGCCUCUUUAACGUAUCUACAACCGCAACUAGAUGAGAUACAUGCUAGGGCAGAGUCCCUGGAUGUGCCCACUCCUGUCAUCGAUAACCUCCGCGAACUCGUCCGUGUGCUAAACACGCCCACCUCCUCCUCGCGUGCGCAUCGCCCCGUUGACAUCAUCGCCGCGUUGUCUACCUCCAACCCCUCGAAGAACAACUCGCUCUUCUCCUCUCGCGAGCACCAGGAUGCGCAGGAGCUCUUCCAGCUGCUCUCGGAAUGCAUCAAGAACGAGGCCAUGGCUGUUGCUCAAGAAAUCCGACGAGACCGGGGCUUGAGCGUAACACUAACGAAGCAGGACGACCUCGCCGCUCGCAAUAUUAGUAAGACGGUGUUCGACGGGCUCACUGCGAACCGGCGCAGCUGUAUGCAGUGCGGAUAUACAGAAGCGGUCAUGCACUUCCCGUUCGAUAACUGGCAGCUCGCGUUGCCUGGCAUGGUGGCUGCGUGUCGUCUCGAGGAGUGCCUCGAAGACUAUACGAGGCUGGAGCUGUUGAGCGAUUGUAUCUGUCGAAAGUGCUCCAUGCUCGCCACCUACCGGCGAUUAGAGCAGGAGGCAGAUAGGUUAACCGAAGCCUCGCAAGCGUCGAAUAACCCCUCUUCCUCCAAGAAGAAGCGCGCACGCGAUACGAGGAAACUGAUGGCUCGAGUCAAGGCUGCUAUAGACGAAGGUAGGAUAGAGGAAGAUAUCCCGGGCGUAAAGACCGAGAAGGUAUUCAGCCAGGCGUCCACAAAGCAGUCCAUGGUUGCCCGCCCUCCACCCGUUCUCGCCCUCCACCUCAACCGUUCAAUACACUAUGGCCACCACGCCACCAAAAACAACGCCCGCGUGAUCUUCCCCGAAAUCCUCGACCUCACCCCAUUCACCACCUCCGGGCAACUCUCCACCCAGCCCUCCUCACCCAUAUCCGCUCCGCCGCCACCCAUCCCCACCCAACGCUCCGUCACCCCGACGCCCUCCACCUACGCUGUCCCCCGCACCCUCUACCGUCUCGCCGCCGUCGUCUGCCACUACGGCCAGCACUCCUUCGGGCACUACGUCUGCUUCCGGCGCAAACCCCGCCCGCCCUCCGCCGGCGAGCGCCGCUUCGCCCCACCCAAGCUCGCAUGUCCCUUAGGCUGCGACUGCGCGCGCUGCGAGCGGUACGGGCCCGUGCGCGACUCAAGGGACGCAUCCGGCACGCACCCCGGGCGCGGCUGGCUGCGCAUCAGCGACGACGCCGUGCAGGAGUGCGGGCUCGAGCGCGUGCUGCAGGAAGGCUCGGGUGCGUUCAUGCUCUACUACGAGCGCGUGCAGCAGCCGCGCGCGUCGCCGUACACGGGCUCGCCCCGCGGCUCCGAGGAGACCAGCAGCAGCAGGCCGAACGGGAAUGGGGACGUGGCGCGGCGGAGGGAGAGCAGGGAGCGGCGGGACGACGACAGGGGCAAGGUCAUCGACCCACGCGUCGUGCGACGGACGUCCGCGCACCGAAGGCCCAGCGCGCCCCCCAUGAUGCGCACGGAGAGCUCGAGCACGACCGCCACCACGACCUCGAAGCACAGCCAUCACCCCUCCGCCCCGAACGGCGAGCCCGCGAUCGCGCCCUCCUCCACGACCCCGCGCCCGCCGCUGUCGCCGACGCCGUCGAGCAAGUCCGGGCGGCUGCGGAAGAGCCGGCGGUCGAUCUCGCAGACGCAGGGGGAUGCGCACCCCACCGUCGCGUCCGGGCAGGCGGCCCCGCCCACGUCGCUGCGCGCGUAG